GAUAUGACAUGAAGCUAGGAGCUGCGGAGGACUUCGUGUGUGUUUCUUCUUCGCUCUUCGUAUUGUUAUUGUUAUUAUUAUUAUUAUUAUUAUGGGUGACUGGAGUACAACAACAACAACCGCGGCCCUGACUCGCAGACGGAGGGCGACUCUGGCAGCGGCGCGAGCAGUGACUCUGCGGCCGGUGAACGGCAGCUCUGAGGCGGCCUCGGCUAGCGCAGCGGCCGCCGAGCUGAAAGCGAGCGACGGCGUGGGGGACAAGAUCCGUGAGCGGUUCCUGGAGCCGCCCACAGAGACGAACAGACGCAGGAAUGACAUAAGUGACCGACUGAGCUGUCACAAGUUACAGGAGUCCCUCCUGAGUUCAGCCAGUGGCUAUAGGAACUAUAGAGGAGUCCUCAACUGGUGUGUGGUGAUGCUGGUGCUGAGUAAUGCUCGCCUCUUCUUAGAAAACAUUAUAAAGUAUGGCAUUCUUGUAGACCCAAUUCAGGUGAUUUCUUUGUUCUUGAACGACCCCUACAGCUGGCCAGCAGCGUGCCUUUUAAUCGUGUCCAACGUCUUCAUUCUGGUGGGCCUUUAUACUGAAAGACAGCUGUCGAAGGGUUCAUUUAGUGAACUUGUUGGAUUUCUGGUCCAUUGCAUUAACUUGACUGUCAUGCUAACAUUCCCUGCUGCAGUGGUGCUCCUGGUUCCUUCCAUGACCCCAGUUGGUGGUGUGGUUGCACUCGGUACUUACACCAUCCUCUUCCUGAAGCUGUACUCGUAUAAGGACGUGAACCUCUGGUGCAGAGAGCUGAGCACGGUCAAGGUCAAAAGACUCUCCAGGUCACUGUCUUGUCCAUCACCGCAGCACUUUCGAGGAGGCGAACACAAGGUGUGUUAUCCCGGCAACCUCACAAUCAGAGACAUCUACUACUUUGUCUUUGCGCCGACUCUGUGCUACGAGCUCAACUUCCCUCGCUCGCCCAAAGUUCGCAAGAGUUUCCUGCUGAGGAGACUGUUUGAGAUGAUGUUUUUUAUCCAGCUGUUAGUCGGUCUCACCCAACAGUGGAUGAUUCCCAUCAUUCAAAGCUCCAUGAAACCACUAGAAGACAUGGAUCUGUCCAGAAUGACUGAGAGACUCUUACGAUUAGCCGUUCCCAAUCACUUGCUGUGGCUGAUGUUUUUUUACUCCUUCUUCCACUCAUCCAUGAACUUCACAGCUGAGCUGCUGUGCUUUGGAGACAGGCAGUUUUACAAGGACUGGUGGAACUCGGAGUCGGUGACAUAUUUCUGGCAGAACUGGAACAUCCCGGUGCACAAGUGGUGUCUACGUCACUUUUACAAGCCGCUGCUGAGGAGAGGCUUCAGUAAAAUGAUCAGCCAAUCAGCUGUUUUCUUCCUGUCUGCGUUCUUCCAUGAGUAUUUGGUGAGCGUUCCUCUCAGGAUGUUCCGACUUUGGGCUUUUACAGGCAUGAUGGCUCAGCUUCCAUUAGCCUGGCUAGUCGGCCGCUUUCUGCGUGGUAACUACGGUAACGCUGCGGUUUGGAUGUCCAUCAUCAUCGGUCAGCCUUUCGCCAUCCUGAUGUAUGUUCACGACUACUACGUGAUGAACUACAAGAACGAGAUUGACUAAAACGACACAUGCAAAUCCAUCCAACUUUACCAGUUUUUUUUAGACAACUUUUCUAAAUAAACACUAAUCUGCAGGGCAGGUCAGAUAUUGUCCUCAGGAUGAGCUGAUCCCAUCAGCUUUGUUGAUUCCAGCAUGUUUACAUUAAAUACCUUAAAUAAUCUGUCCUCAGAAAACUGAAUACUUCAAAGAGGAAAAUAAUAGUAGCAGAAUAUUCUUUUUGAAUCGCUGAAUCGUUAGGAAAGCAGAACAAAGGAAACUAAAUGCAGCUUUACUCUCAGGUGAUUGUAACUCUUCUGACAUUGUGGAACGUAAAGGGGAGUCUGGGCUGAAAUUUCAGCCAAUGAAACACUUUUUAUUAAUUUUAAUGUAAGAAAAACAGGAUUUAAAUCACUUUCUUACUAUAUACAGUUCUGUAAAUGAACAGUUUGAUCAUGGUUGAUGCAUUUUAUUUAUGUAUUUGGAGCAUAUUUAAAAAAUGUUGUUCCAAGUUAGAAAAGAUAUAUAUGACAUGGUGUUUUCCAUUUUGUCAAAAAAAAAAAAAAAAA